UAGUAAAAUUGGAAGCCAUCUUGAAAAAACUCGGAUCUGCAUUGUUUACACAUAGAGCACCAUCUAUUGACUGCCAACAAUGGCAGAUUUCAUUGAUGAAGAAGCAAGUGCAUCCGACAUCUCAGGAUCUGACAAUGAAAGAUCAGGAUCAGACCGAUCUGUAUCAGGUUCAGGAUCAGGCUCUGGAUCGGGGUCAGGAUCCAGAUCGGGAUCAGGGUCGGGAUCUGGCUCAAGAUCGGGAUCAGGUUCGGAUUCAGAUGCACCAAAAAGAAGUAAAAAGCGCAAGAAAGUAAAAUCUAAGAAAGACUCUAAGAGGAGAAAGCGUCUGCCCAGUGACAGUAGUGAAGAAGAGGAAGAUGAUGAGGAAAGGAUCCGUGAAGAGAUGAAAGACUUGAUCAAUGAUGACCCUAUUGAAGAAGGUGAAGAGUCUGGCAGUGAUGUAGGAGGAAAGAGGAAACAUGACAAGUCUGAGUCAGAAAUAGAAGAAGAUCUAGAAGAGGAUGACUAUGAUUUGAUUGAAGAAAAUUUAGGCAUCAAAGUGAAAAGGAAGCAAAAACGCAAACGUAUUAAAAUGAUGUCAUCUGAUGACGAAUCGGGUAAAGAAGAAGAUAAGGAUGACCGUGAUGCAAUUGCCAAUGAGAUCUUUGAUGGUGCUGAUGAUGAAGAGGAACCUCUUAUACAAGAAAAACCACGAAGACCACCUGCCCAAGAAACUGGGACGGAGUUUGGUGAUUUAGAGGGCUCUGAAGAAGAAUCUGAUGUGGAUGACUUUAUCGUUGACGAGGAAGGACAACCAAUGAGCAAACAGAAAAAGAAGAAAGUCAAGAUACACGGCGAUGCUGCUCUACAAGAAGCCCAGGAUAUAUUUGGAGUUGAUUUUGACUUUGAUGAGAUGGAAGAAUAUGGUGGAAGUGAUGAGUAUGACAGUGAAGAAGAAGAGUACGAAGAUGAAGAAGGUGGUUUAGAACGAAAGGAACGAAAGAAGAAAAAGAAAACUCUAAAAAAGUCAAUUUUUGAGAUUUAUGAACCAUCAGAGUUAGAACGUGGACAUUUUACUGAUUCGGAUAACAAAAUCCGAUUGGCUGAUACACCCGAGAGGUUCCAGAUACGUGGUGUGCCCGUCCAACCAGCUGAAGAUAUGGAGUUGGAUAUUGAAUCUGAUUGGAUAUAUAAAUAUGCCUUCCAAGAACCAUAUGUCUCUCUACAGGAUGUUGACCCAACUGACCUAUCAGGCAACCAGUAUGAGGCUUCAGGCAGAGGCAAGGGACCAGGAACAAUACAGAAAAUCAGAGAUGCUCUUAAUUUCAUGCGAAAUCAACAGUUUGAGGUGCCAUUCAUAGCAUUCUAUAGGAAAGAAUAUGUUGAACCUGAAUUGAACAUUAAUGACCUCUGGACUAUAUACAGAUGGGAUGAAAAGUGGACCCAGCUGAAGCUAAGGAAAGAUAAUCUAAUUCGAUUGUUUGAGAAGAUGCAGAAAUAUCAAUUUGAACAGAAUAGUGACCCAGAUGUACCAUUGGACAGUAAUGUCAGGGCAUUAACUGAGGAGGAUAUUGACAGAGCAAGAGCUGUCCAGAGCCUAGAGGAACUGAAGGACAUAUACCAGCAUUUCCUGCUCUAUUAUGGCCGUGAUGUGCCUAAGAUGAAGAAUGCCCUAAAAACAAAGAGGAAAACCACCAAAACUAUCGUUGAUGAUGAGGGAAAUGAAAAGGAGAUUGAAGUUGAUGUUGAAGAUGAUGAAGAAGCCAAUGAUGAUGAGCCAAAGGAAACAUUGAAGCAAGCUCAUAGGAAAAGUGGCUAUGUCAUUUGUCAACAAGCUGGUCUUGAUGAGUUUGCUAAAAAGUUUGGCCUGACCCCUGAACAGUUUGGUGAGAAUCUACGUGAUAACUACCAGCGUCAUGAAGUGGACCAAGCCCCAACUGAACCAAAGGAAGCUGCUGAAGAACUCAUUUGCUCGGCAUUUCCAUCUGUUGAUGAUGUCAUGAAAGCAGCACGACAUAUGGUUGCUAUGCAACUGGCACAUGAACCUCUUGUACGGAGUGUUGUGCGACAAACUUUUUAUGAGAGAGCCAAAAUCAACUGUAACCCAACCAAGAAAGGUCUUAAGGAACUGGAUGAGUCCCACGCCUGCUACACAUUCAAAUAUCUCCGAGAUAAACCAGUGAAGGACUUGAAAGGAGAUCAGUUCUUGAAAAUGAAACAGGCAGAAGAUGAUGGUUUGUUGGAGAUCCGCAUCUCCAUGGACCCACAGGAUUCCUCCCCAGCCCAGCAAUACCUGGAGGAGAUCAAGCAACUCUACCAUAGGGACGAGUUCAGUCAUCUUGUACAGGAAUGGAACAACGAGAGAACAGAGGCACUAGAGCGAGCCUUGAAAUUAAUCCUCUACCCACAGAUAGAGAAAGAAUUGAAGGCUCGACUGUUCCAAGAAGCAAAGGAAGGAAUUGUCAAGGCAUGUGCCAAGAAGCUCUACAACUGGAUAAAGAUGGCGCCGUUCCAGGCAGACCAACAGCUAGAAGAAGAGGAUGAUUAUGAUGACAGUAGUGCCGGUUUACGCGUCAUGGGCCUGGCCUUCGCACAAGAAAAGGAAACUGCGUCGUUUGCUGCCAUGAUUGAUGGCGAAGGUGAUUGCACUGACUUCCUUCGUCUUGAAAAUCUGUUGAAGAGAAUGAAGUCAUACAAAUUACAAGAUCGGGAGUUGAAGACUGAAGACCUGGAGAAGUUACGUGAGUUCAUCGCAGCCAAGAAACCACAUGUAAUAGCUGUAGGGGCAAACUCCAGAAUUGCCGUUGGAGUGAUGGAAGAUGUACGAAUGGUAUGUGAGGAACUUGAACGUGAACAACAGAUGUCUCCUAUACAUGUAGAACUUGUGGACAUGGAACUUGCGAUUGUUUACGAGGCUUCAAAAUUGGCACAGAAAGAGUUCAGGGAAUACCCCAAGCUACUGAGAAUCGCUAUUUCUCUAGCCAGGCGUCUUCAAGAUCCAUUAGUGGAGUUUGCUCAGCUGUGUAAUCCUGAUGAGGAGAUCAUGUGUCUCAAGUACCAUCCCAUGCAGGAAUAUGUCAAUCAGGAAGAUCUGCAGAACGCCCUCUAUCUGGAGUUUGUGAAUCGUGUCAAUGAAGUUGGUGUGGAUGUUAAUCGUUGCGUAGCCUACCCUCAUACUGCUCCUCUAGUCCAGUUCAUAUGUGGUCUUGGUCCAAGAAAGGGAUUCCACUUAUUGAAGGUUUUAAAACAGAACAAUAACAGGCUAGAGAACCGGACCCAACUGGUCACAACUUGCCAUAUGGGACCUAAAGUGUUCAUCAAUUGCGCUGGAUUUAUCAAAAUCGACACAAACUCUUUAGGAGACAGCACUGAAGCAUAUGUUGAGGUCCUAGAUGGCUCUCGGGUGCAUCCUGAGACAUAUGAAUGGGCACGUAAGAUGGCAGUUGAUGCCCUGGAGUACGAUGACACAAAAGAGGAUGCCAAUCCUGCAAGUGCCCUGGAGGAGAUCCUGGAAAGUCCAGAACGCUUGAAAGAUCUAGAUUUAGAUGCCUUUGCGGAGGAGUUGGAAAGACUGGGCUAUGGAAACAAACACAUCACAUUGUAUGACAUCAGAGCUGAAUUGAAUCACAGAUACAAAGAUCUCAGGACACCGUACAGGUCUCCAACCAGUGAAGAGAAGUUUAAUCUCUUAACCACAGAAACCCCACAGACAUUUUAUAUAGGUAAACUAGUGCUGGUACAAGUCACAGGUAUUGCCCAUAAGAGGCCACAGGGAGAGCAAUUGGAACAGGCCAACCCUGUUAAGAAGGAUGAAACUGGACUUUGGCAAUGUCCAUUCUGUCACAAGAAUGAUUUCCCUGAGCUCAGUGAGGUGUGGAGUCACUUUGACAGCAACAGUUGUCCCGGCCAGGCAGUUGGAGUGAAAGUGAGGCUGGAUAACGACGUGAAUGGGUUUAUCAGCACGAGAAAUCUCAGUGACAAGCGCGUGACAGAUCCAGCGGAAAGAGUACAGAUUGGUAUGACUAUCAAUUGUCGUGUGAUAAAAAUAGACAUUGAGAGAUUCCAGUGUGACCUGACAUCAAAGACGUCUGAUCUGGUCGACAAGGAAAAUAAGUGGAAGCUACAGAAAGAUGAGUAUUAUGACUUUGAACGUGAGAACAAAGACAGGAAAGAAGCAGAAGAGAAAAAUAAACAAAGAGCUCGACAAACCUAUGUAAAACGUGUCAUUGCACACCCCUCCUUCCACAAUGUAAGUUAUCGCGACUGUGAGAAACUCAUGGACUCAAUGGACCAAGGAGAAGUGGUCAUCAGGCCAAGUAGCAAGGGUUCUGAUCACUUGACUGUGACUUGGAAGGUGACUGAUGGUGUAGCUCAACAUAUUGAUGUCAGAGAAGAGGGCAAAGAAAAUGCAUUCAGUCUAGGUACUUCACUCCUUAUAGACACUGAGGAGUUUGAAGAUUUAGAUGAAAUUAUUGCAAGACAUAUUCAACCAAUGGCAGCAUUCGCCCGAGAUAUACUCAGUUAUAAAUACUAUUUGGAGACAGACAAUGGAAACAAAGAAACUCUCAAUAAGAAAUUAAAAGAGGAAAAACGGAAAGCCUCUUCAAGAAUUCCAUACUACCUAUCUGCCACUAAGCAAUAUCCUGGCAAGUUCUUCCUGUCGUACCUUCCCCGCAACAAACCCAUACACGAGUAUGUGACAGUCACGCCAGAUGGGAUACGAUAUCGUCAACAGAUGUUUCACUCGCUGAAUCACCUCGUCAAAUGGUUCAAAGAACACUUCAGGGACCAGAUUCCAGGUCAAAUGACACCAUCCAUGAGAACACCCAUGGCAUCUGCCACCCCAAACAUUGGCACCCCCAGGGUACAACGGGGUGUAACUGCUGGUGUAUUUGCCACCCCAGGCCAGUAUGGGGCAAGUACAAACUUCCAGCAGGGUGGAUUUGGUGGCAGUUAUGGGUUCCAGGGCAACAUGAACACACCAGCUAUGAUGACACCAAUGAUGACCCCAUCUUUAGCAGCACAGCAUGUGGCUCAAACUCCUGUACAAUCCAUGGCCACCCCCUCAUAUCAACCAACCCCCAGGAGUAACUGGCCCCCAGGGUCAACCACCCCAAGGACUCAACAAGUGGUCGCCCAAGUACGCAGCAGCCAACAACCAUCACAGGGGCGAGCCUCUCAACAGAGAGGCGGACAAGGGGGAAUGGAUUGGGCUAAGGCUGCUCAAAUGUGGGCUAAACAACAGAAACCAAGUCGGACUCCACGCUCUGGUGGUACCCCUAGAUCUGGUGGUACUCCCAGGGCAGGUGGUACCCCCAGGGGCACCCCAAGGGCAACUCCCUCAUACAGAGACAGUCCAAUGGAGACUGGGGAUUCAACACCUCUUAUUGAUGAGAGGUAGCCCAGUGUAUAAUAUCAAAAUAUAUUUUUACUAUUGUACCAUAUACAUUUCUCAAAUGUAUUUCAUUUUAUAAUUAUCCUCAAUCAUAAUAAUUCUCAGAAUCACGCUGGAUUAUCUCAAGAUGGAUUAUCUCAUGGUGGAUUAUCUCAAGUUGGAUUAUCUUGUAUUGGAUUAUUUCAUAGGGAAAGGUGAAAAAACAAUGAAAUCGACAUUCAGUUUAUGCAAUUUGAAUUGCUGAAUGAUGAACACAUGUAGGCUACUUAUGAAGAAAACAUUGGCUCAACUUGCAACUUCAGUGACUCCUACAGUACUGAAUCGGUUCAAUGGAAGUGGUCAACUUAUUGAAUUGAACUUAAAUAACUCAAAAGGGCCAGAGAAGGUGAUUGGUCAGAUGUGUUAUUCAGUUAUGCAAAAAGGGUCCAAUAUCAAGAAUAUUGAAUGUGUAACGGAUGUGACAAUAUGUAUGCAUAUUUGCUUUGAAAAACUAUGAAGAGAUACUUGUGGAUAUUAAAAUAAUGUAUUAUACAGUGACAAUGUAUUUACAUUGUAGAAAAGCAUGCAUUAUCCUUUUUGUGAUCUCCUAUAACAGCUUUGGAGCAAGUGGGAUCAACACCCAACCGAGAAUUCAAAAAUAGAUUUGCACCCACCUGAUAAUUCAUCCAAAUAACUAUGAGUUCAAUACUUUUAUUUAAGUUCAAAAGAAGUUGGUGAAUUACAAGUAUUGGACUUUUCCAGAGAGAAGUACAUGUUUGUACAUCUAUGAAUGCAGCCAUUGUUUUUCAAUUUGUUUUGAAAUAUAUACUUUUUUAAAAUUUAGUCACUUAAAAAUAAAGAAAAGUGUGAUUUUGUAAUUUCUUGUCAUAUUUAUUUAUUUACUUAUAUACCCACUGCCUAAGCCUGAUCCUAAAAUACACUUAAAGUCUACUAAAGUUACUUCAUGAUAACAAUAGUAAAUGUACUACAUCAUGUAAACAAAUAAAUUACAAUAUAGUUAGAAAUGGCAUAUGGAUACAACAUAGUCUUUGGCAUAUGCAUACAAUAUGUGACUUCAUGGAUCAUACAGUAAUAAAGCCAUUAACAUUACAAAAUGUAUCUUUAUGUACAAAAUAACCUGGGGGUCAUUAACAGA